CUGGGCGGUGAUUGGCUGCGUCUCUCUGCUUCCUGAUGUUUAGGCCCGGCCCGCUCAGCCGCUCCAUCGUUGCCACCCUUGUUGAGACAGCAACCCCCUGACCUACCGGUUUUCCUCAUCUACCGGACCUUUAUACGGUCUGAGGAGAUCCUCAUCUGAAGUCCUGCAGCACCGGGCCGGAGUCUGGAACCAGGAAGCUGGUUCUGUGAUAUGGGAGUGGUGAGUGCCCGUUUAGCAUCAAUAGCAAGCUGAGAGUUGACCCAGGAUCAGGCCUUGCAUUAAUCCUCCAAAGAGCAUUAGAAGGCUAAGUUUGGACCUACCGAGGUGAGCAGAACGGGCUUUGCUGAUUCACCAUGAUGCAGAUCUCUGAUUCCUACAACCAGAAGAACUCGCUCAUCAAUGCCAUGAACCGUUUCAUCGGUGCGGUCAACAACAUGGAUCAGACGGUGAUGGUACCGAGCCUGCUGCGGGAUGUCCCGCUGGAUGACGGCGAAGACCCAAAGGCUCCAGAGACAGACACCAGCAGAACCUUCUUCCCCCAGGAUGGGGACAUGUACAGCUCAUACGUUCUACUCAAGUCGAUCCGGAAUGACAUCGAGUGGGGCGUCUUGCAGGGUGAAGAGCGACCCAAAGAGGUGGUACCAGAGGUACCAGAAGUACCAGAGGCACUGAGAGCGGCAGUGGAGGAGGACGACCUGGAAAAACAAUUCCACUUCCACCUGACCGGACUCCACACUAUUCUGUCUAAACUGACUCUCAAAGCCAACACGCUGACCAACCGCUAUAAAGAGGAGAUCGGCUGCAGGAACUGACCCUGUUCUGAUUUCUGUACAGGAAUAUGUCCACACGGGUGCUUUCAACCUCACUUUAGCUCAUUAACUACAAAUCUCUCAGAAAACACAAAUCUUGAUGACUCGGUAUCGUUUUAGAAGUUCUGGUUCUGCAAUCAAAAGCUCCUUCGAUGAACAAGUUUAAAAGCUCAAACCAGAAUCAGAGUAAAGCUGUUGUAACAAAUCAGCAAACAAGUUAGCUUUUAACGCAAAUGCGGUAGCAGAACACUCACCCCUCCCCUCGGGUAUAUUCACCUCUGCCGGAACCGGAAACCCGCGACGCUGGACAAAAGACGGUGCUAAACACCACUCUCCAUUUUGUAGGUCCUGAACGUCUUUUGUUGUCCGUGACUGUAAAUGGUGUAUUUAUUUUUGGGACUCUGGUAGUUUGUCCUAAAGGUGAAGGGGUAGCAGACGGCUGUUUCUCCUCUGAUAUUAUUGAGUCUAAAGAGUUGCUGGCUAAAUACAGGGGUACGUAAUCAAUGGAGGUCCCAGAGAAGUGUGGCGGUCUGGCGAAAAUGACAACCAGGUGGUCCAAAAUGUGUUUUUGUUGGAGGAUUUUAGACAAAUCCAAGAAAAACAAUUUCUUAAUUAUUAUUUUUUUUUAUCUCCAAAAUAUAUUUAUUGCUAUAUUAUGUUAACGUUAACUGAUUAACUUUUAAAUGCAGCUGCUCACUGUGUGUUUUUUUUAACAGGGCGGGCUUGGCAUGAAAAAAUGUUUUAAGCUAAUUUGUUUUCCAAAUUUGUUCUUGCAGCUUUAAAUGGUUUAUGAGAACGGAAAGACCCAAAGGUUACCCACAAGGUCCUCGCUGGUAUAGCUGUAAAUGCACCUUCAAAGUUCUGCAAUGUGUUUACUUGUUGCAUCUUUGCUCGUUAGUAUUUAUUUGUUUUUAAGUUAUUUUCUCCCCAAUAGGAUGUGUUUUUUUUAAACCUUCAUGUUUAUGUAAAGAUUUGGUGUUUAAGAUAGAAACAGAGGAUAAAACCCAAGUGGGCUGUAAUGAUGAUAAACCGAACUACAAUUAGGAACAAGGAGGUACCAACAGGAACCAAACUAAUCAACCGGACUAGCAGGACAGAUCCAGGUGUGGGAAUAGGAGGUUGGUUACUGAAUGUGGGCCAGGUGAGAAAAUUACAAACUUAUCUGGUGAGGAGCUGAACUGGACCUAAUUGGAACCAGAGGACCAAACUGGAAAUAAACUAAAUAAAAGAAACUAGACAGUCAAACUUAGGAGUAACCAGAGCUGACCCUGAGGGACACCACAGGAUCUGAUGGACUUUUUCAGACAAGAUUCAUAUUUCUAAUUCUGUUUAUUCAGACCUGGACCUAAUCUAAUGACCCUAUUGUCCUAAGAAUUUACAUGUGUUCUUGUCUAAUUGGCUCCAGAACCUAAGAGGUUCAUUUUGUAGCUAAUGAGCUAAGAUAGGAAGAACAACCUGUGUGGUCUCUGCCAGGUCUUUGUCCAACUCUUGAUUUAUUGUGUGGCUGGGGUCUUUGCACUAAGUUCCUCUCAUUGGUCCGUUUUUUUAUUUAUUUUUUAUUCUGUCUCAACAUCCUUCGUCUCGUUUCAUGCAGAAAAUUCAAACUCUGUAGCUGCUGAGAGCACAACAAGAACAUCUGGUGUCUAAAAGAACCGUCAGCACCAGAACCAGCUGGUCCAGUUCAUUUCAGAUGUGGAUGUUUGUUUUUAUUUAACAGAAAACUUUUCUCCUUCUGGUUGAAACCUUUAGAAAAUGAAACUACUGAACAUGAACACACCUGAAAACCAGAAGUUGUUGUCAGACUAAACCGGAACUACACGGGCUGAUCUGAUUGGCUGAUGUUUACCUGAAACUGGAUAAAAACUAAAUAAACUGGACUGAAUUUUUAAA